GGAACGAGCCCUUUCCCUGUCGCAGGUUGCCGGCGCGAGAGCAGGUGGGGUUGAGGCAGGAGGCUGAAGCAGCGGCCACUGAGGGGGUGGGUGUGAGCUCAGAAGAAAGCCGUCGCCAUGCGUGAGAUCGUCCACAUCCAAGCCGGCCAGUGCGGGAACCAGAUCGGAGCCAAGUUCUGGGAAGUCAUCAGCGAUGAGCAUGGCAUUGACCCCACCGGCAGCUACCAUGGAGACAGCGACCUGCAGCUGGAGAGGAUCAAUGUCUACUACAAUGAAGCAACUGGUAACAAGUAUGUUCCCCGUGCAAUCCUCGUUGACUUGGAGCCUGGCACAAUGGACUCGGUCAGAUCUGGACCUUUUGGCCAGAUCUUUAGGCCUGAUAAUUUUGUCUUUGGCCAGAGUGGUGCUGGGAACAACUGGGCCAAGGGCCACUACACAGAGGGAGCUGAGCUAGUGGAUUCGGUGCUGGAUGUAGUAAGGAAGGAAUCUGAAAGCUGCGAUUGCUUACAGGGCUUCCAACUCACCCACUCGUUGGGUGGGGGCACUGGAUCUGGCAUGGGAACACUUCUCAUCAGCAAGAUUAGGGAGGAGUAUCCCGAUAGGAUCAUGAACACCUUCAGUGUAAUGCCAUCUCCAAAAGUGUCAGACACGGUGGUUGAGCCAUACAAUGCCACCCUCUCUGUCCACCAGCUGGUAGAGAACACGGAUGAAACCUACUGUAUUGACAAUGAGGCUCUGUAUGACAUCUGCUUCCGCACACUGAAACUCACAACUCCAACCUAUGGCGAUCUCAACCACUUGGUGUCUGCCACCAUGAGCGGAGUGACUACCUGCCUCCGGUUCCCCGGCCAACUGAACGCAGAUCUUCGCAAGCUGGCGGUCAACAUGGUGCCUUUCCCUCGUCUGCACUUCUUCAUGCCGGGCUUUGCUCCCUUGACAAGUCGUGGCAGCCAGCAAUAUCGUGCCCUGACGGUCCCGGAGCUGACUCAGCAGAUGUUUGAUUCUAAAAACAUGAUGGCGGCCUGUGACCCCCGCCACGGCCGAUACCUGACAGUGGCAGCCAUCUUCCGGGGCAGAAUGUCCAUGAAGGAGGUGGAUGAGCAGAUGCUGAAUGUCCAGAACAAGAACAGCAGCUACUUUGUGGAGUGGAUCCCCAACAACGUGAAGACGGCCGUGUGUGACAUUCCUCCCCGAGGCCUGAAGAUGUCUGCCACCUUCAUCGGCAACAGCACCGCAAUCCAGGAGCUCUUCAAGAGGAUCUCUGAGCAGUUCACAGCCAUGUUCCGGCGGAAGGCUUUCUUGCACUGGUACACCGGCGAAGGCAUGGAUGAGAUGGAGUUCACGGAAGCUGAGAGCAACAUGAAUGACCUGGUCUCCGAGUACCAGCAGUAUCAAGAUGCUACUGCAGAUGAGCAAGGAGAGUUUGAGGAGGAAGGAGAGGAGGAUGAAGCUUAGAGGUUGAGUAGGGUUAGUCCAUAGGCAAGUGUCCAAGGUGAGAGCUGUUCAGCUGUACCAGUGCAUGCUUUUCCAGUUAUUCUUGGUGCUUUUCACUGUUGCUCUGUCAGCAGUUUUUGUAACUUCACUCUUUAUGUAACAGUAGUUGCAAAAGAUUUCUGGGGAAAAAAGUCUUCUGUUUCAAUGUCUGAUCAAACAUAAAAAGUAUUUGUGUUUCUCA